ACUAUGUGGCACCGGCCAGAAGGGGCGGGCCGGGAGGGAGAUGGGAGCGAAAGCGUUGACGGUUGCUUGCUGUGUGUAGUGUGUGUUAAGUUGAGGAGUGCGUGUUAAGUUGUGCGGUGUGGACGGGAAGAGCACAGAGUCGACCCUUUUCGUUCCGCUUCAAGGGGAGGCAUGAUCUCGCCAUUCCGCUGAUCGCAGGAACACACCGGGGUAGAGGUGUUGUGUUUGUGUUGAGGUGAACCAGAGGUGAAAGAGUCUGAGCUGGGAGAAGAGAAGGAAAACAGACCGGAAACACCUUGCUACCUGCAACAGGUUGGGGUGAUCAGGGGUUGGGAGCUGGGCAGAGCGGCUGUCUCCCUGCCUGCCCAUGAAGAGCUCCCAGCGGCCCCGGCGGCCCGACAGCAGCCCAGGCAAGGCAGGUGCUUCGGUAAAGGAGUUGAAAAAGAAGAAUCCCCACAAAAGACAUAAGAGUGACGUGGGAUCCCCCAGCAUCCCGGGACCCCCCAGAAUCAACCUUGUGGGACGCCGCAUCCAACACGUGUGGACAGACGGACAUGUGGUCUGGAAGGGGACGGUGCUGGAACAGGUGCCGGUGAAACCCUCUCUGUACCUGAUCAAGUACGAUGGCUUCGACUGUGUGUACGGCUUGGAGCUGCACCGUGACCCCCGGGUGAAGGACCUGGUGGUCGGGGAGCGGGCAGGUUCAGCCCAGAAGCGCCUCAGCGACACGGAGCUGGCUCAGACCAUGAUCGGCAGGGCGGUGGAGCACAUGUUUGAGAUGGAGGAGGGCCCCAAGGAGGAGUGGAGGGGCAUGGUGCUGGCCCGCAACCCCAUCAUGACCACGUGGUUCUACAUCACCUACGAGAAGGACCCCGUGCUCUACAUGUACCAGCUGCUGCAGGACUACAAGGAGGGGGACCUCACCAUCAUGCCAGACUCCAACGACACUGUGGCCGUGGAGCGGGAGCCGGGCGAGGUGGUGGACAGCCUGGUGGGGAAGCAGGUGGAGUACGCCAAGGAGGACGGGGGCAAGCGCUCGGGCAUGGUCAUCCACCAGGUGGAGGCCAAGAACUCCGUCUACUUCAUCAAGUUUGACGACGACUUCCUCAUCUACGUGUACGACCUGGUGAAGACCUCCUGAGCCCCCGGCCUGGGGGCUAGAGGUUUGAGCUGCUGAACCAUCCGGCUGGAAGGAGAACGAUUUGAACUGGUCAUCCCAAACCACCUGCCGUCUAAAACCUAAAUCCAACAGUCAAAGUCAACCGAUAAUCAGAGCAUUCAACUCACUAACAACUGGCCAGUGGCCAGGCCUUCUGUUCUUCUUACAAAUCUCUCAAACAAUAACAUCUUUCACAUGUAUUGACAUCUAUAACUCUUGAUAUAACAAAUUAGUUUUCUAUGGAUAAUACACUGGACGUCCUCUGGAUGUUUGGUCAUCAUAUAUGAUGGUAGCCUAGAUGUGGUGUCUUUUGGUUUAAAGGCGGCGUAACAGUGCAGUGAUUUUAAUAGAUGUAUGUGGACAUAAUUCAAGCUUACAUGUGGCCACCAUGCAUUAACCUUUUCAUUUUGUUUUGUGUGGAUAAUAUUGCAAAUAUUGUUUAAUUGGUAGGAAAUAAAAAGAUCAUUUUGACAGACUUCUGUAUCCAUGUACUCCAGUGCAGGAGGUUUCCGGAUAGUUUAAUUGGUUACUUUAAAUUAUUGUAGCCGUCACCUACCAUUAAUUGACCAACAUCAGUUUCUCAAUGCCUGGUAGUCAUAGAGCAAGGCACCAACACAGUCAGGUUUAGGGGUUAUAUUCCAUGCAUAGCUAAGUGAGAGGGUUAGGGGGUUUAUUUAGCGGUUCUAUCAAUCAUUUUACAGGACAUCCUGAAGUCAAUGGUUCCAUUCCUGUCAAAGAUGAUAAUUUAUCAAGACCUACCUGUCAACUUAUAGUUGAUGUUGUGAUAUAGAGUAUGACAAUGUGUCAAACAUCCUCAACAUCACUGCCCAUGUUUCCCAGAAAGUAACGACUACAGUGGUGACUGAACAGAACACUUACUCAGAAACAUACAACUACUAAAGCAUGAGGUUUAUUUUUGUUCAAUUCCAUCUGCGUCAAAGCUGAGAUUGUAUAACGGUAGACACGGACGGAGCAGAACGCCAUCCGUUCAAAUAAAUAAACACGUCUCAGUUAUUCAUCUUUUUAUGAAAAAGAGGUUCUGUAGGAACGAGGAAGUGUAAGUUAUUCUCGGUAGCACCACUUCCUCCUUCUGUCCGAUUGUGGCGGAGAGAUAACGUCCGUUUACUCCUCCAAAUGUCCUCUCCU